AGUGAACGCGCCCAACACUCUUGGGUGAUAUUUACCAUUUUGACGUAAUCACUUAGCUAUGUCGCUCGCCGGACAAUUCUCGCUUUCUUUCGAACUAUCUAGGAUACCGGAGCUGGUCCCAGUAAUCGCCAAUGCCAUCAAUGACGUGGUCGAUUUCGCCCGCGAGCUUCGAAAAUCCGGCUCCGACAUUGUUGUAGAGCAAGAUCUCGCAACGGUGUUUCUUCAAAACCGAAUUGAGGCAAAAUUUGCGGAGACGUUCAAACAUGCAGUUGUGCCAACGGAUGUGGCCUCGCCGUUUCGAGCCUUGCCAAUCUAUUUCAUGAGAGGAGCCGGCCCCACAGUCCGCCGUGCAUUAAGAAACCAGGCUUACUUCUCCAUGGUCGUACAGUUGUCGAUGUUGUGUGCAACUCAUGAGAUAAUAUCGUUGUCGGAAGGACUCUUUGAGGCUCUUCGACUCCGUUUAAGAGGAGCGCCUACAGAAUCAGAUUCUACGUUCUCUCCGGACUCUUUAUCAGGAGUCCUAACUGCCUGUAGUGAACAAACGGCAUCAUUUCCGUGGCACGGAUACCUUGCGCACAUUAGUCAAGCGCUUGGAGUACCAUAUGGUAACGAUUACAACCUACCCAGGCCUCCCGGACCCAACGAUCUCUAUACAAAUACGGAGCAUUACAACAACUAUUACUCUUUGAGUGUACCGUUACUACAAGCAUCUCUUGACAUGUUGGCAGCUGUGCAGAGUUUGUACAAGGACAAUAUUAUGUUCAUCGACGGCAGUAGAGGAUGCUGCACUAUGGUUCUUUGGGCACACUAUGUCUUGGGUCAUACUGUCCGGAUUGAAGGAUGCCCAAAUGGAACUGUCACCUUUGGCGCCGGUGAGCACAACGUGAUUAUUGUGUUUGAGCCACCUAAGACGACUUCAGCUGCUGUUCCUUUUGGUAACAGGCCCGUCUCCAAGAAUGAACAACCUUGCAUUUAUCUCAUGGAUGCAACGGCCAUGCCUCGACUUAAGAUACAGCGAGACGAUGAAGAAGCUGGGGUGGAGAUCGUUGCGGAUCUCAAGAUUCCUGCUCGGGGAUAUGGGGAGUCUAUGUUUGCAGAGAAACUCGAUGGCGAGAGUGAACGCAUAGAUAUGGGCCAUGUCACGAGCGGCAUGGCUUUACUAUUCUCAGAGCACAUUAUGGAUGAGGCUGGUGAGGGCAGCAAUCAGAGGCUUCUGCGGAUGUCAUGUGCCUCCAACAUUUCCAAUGUCCUUAAGGCCAGUGCAUUCAUCCUUGGGGACACACUUUUCGACCCGCGAAAGGCUCGAUAUUAUCGAGAUGCAUAUGAAGGUCAAGGCAUUGAUGCAAUUCGUCCACCACCGAGCUUGCAAGUCCUUACAAAGACUAUCGUUUCCUGGGAGUUACUUCGUGCAAGAGCGUACGAUUUGGCACUGGUCAUCCUUGCCUUUUCUGCCGUUGGAAAUCUGAACGAAUGCGAAUCGCUGGUCUUGGGGCCUCUCACAAAUAUCCACGCGAUUUGAUCCAUCCCAUCUGUCAAUACGAGCGGUUUGGGAAUCGGGCGCUAUUUGGGCUAAGCGAGGGGCCCGAUUCGCU